AUGGCCUACCCUCUCGCGUCGUUGCCGCACCAGCAGCACUACCGCGACAUCACCCCCCCGCUCGAUGACUUCGACGUGAUCAAGCCCGUCAGCGGGCACGCGCCCAUCUACGCGGGCUCAAUCGACCUCCAGCUCCGCAAGGUGCUCGCCGACAUCGACGUCGACGAAUGCGAGGCCAACGGCGAGAAUGCCUUUUUCGUGGCCAACCUCGCAGAGAUCUACCGCCAGCACCUGAGGUGGAUGCGCGCGCUGCCCCGCGUUGUGCCCUUCUACGCGGUCAAGUGCAACCCAGACCCCUAUGUGCUGCGCCUGCUCGCGGCCAUGGGGACCGGCUUCGACUGCGCCUCGAACGGCGAGAUCCAAGCCGUCCUCAACCUGGGCGUGUCGCCUUCGCGCAUCAUCUACGCCAACCCUUGCAAGGCGGCCAGCUUCGUCCGCCACGCCGCGGCCCACAAUGUCGGCCUGACCACAUUUGACAACGUUGACGAACUCUACAAGAUGAAGAAGUUCCACCCGGGCUGCAAGCUCGUCGUCCGCAUCCUCACCGACGACUCCAAGAGCGCGUGCCAGCUUGGCCUCAAGUUUGGCGCACCGCUCGACUCGGUCCCGCGCCUGCUGGAAAAGGCCAAGGAGCUCGACCUCGAUGUGGUCGGCGUCAGCUUCCACGUCGGUUCUGGUUGCUACGAUGCAGACGCCUUCCGCGACGCCGUGCACCGCGCUCGCGUGGCCUUUGACAUGGGCCGCGACGCGGGCUUCACCUUCGACUUCCUCGACGUCGGCGGAGGCUUUGGACAUGACAACUUCGAAUCGGUGGCCGAGGUCCUCGGUCCGGCCAUCGAUCGCUACUUUCCAGAUGCCGACUUUGCAUCUGGAGGCAAGGCGGUGCCUGGCAAGCCCAACGGUCUCCGCAUCAUUGCCGAGCCCGGCAGGUACUACGUCCACUCGGCGUUCGUCCUGGCCACCAACAUCAUCGCGGCCCGACGCGGCGAAGAGGCCGAGGAGGCGCCCUCGUCGCAGGAGGUGGCCGCCGUCGAAGGCGCUCGCGACAAGCCCGAGGUGAUGUACUACCAAAACGACGGCCUCUACGCGUCGUUCAACUGCGUCAUCUUCGACCACGUCACCGUCUACCCAAAGGUGUUGACGCUCGACCGCAAGUACGUCUACCGUCCCGAGAUUCCCUCGCCGGGCAUCGUGGCGCCUGGUGCCGAUGCCGACGAGGCCGAGCGCAAGGCCUGGUCGCUGCAGCCUUGCAGCAUCUGGGGCCCGACGUGCGACUCGAUCGACUGCGUGCGCGAGCUGGCCCACCUGCCGCGCGGCCUCGAGGUGGGCGACUGGCUCGUCUAUGAAAACAUGGGCGCGUACACUAUCUGCGCCGCAUCCACCUUCAACGGCCUGCGACGCUCCGAGGUGCGCUACACGGUUGGGGGCGGCGAAGAUGGCGCCGUCGUGCGCGACCUCCUGCUGCAGUGA